ACACCAAAUCACUCCCCUAAAAUUAAGAACAUGUGCGUGUUCUUAUUCCCUCUCUCCCUCUCUCUUCACAUUCACAAUCUCUCUUUCCCUCCUUCUCUUAUCGCCCACCGACGGCGGCACCAGAUUCCGGCGAACGUCACCGUCUCGCCGGAAAAUCUUCCAAACUCUCCGCCACAUGCGCAUUUAUUCUUUUUUAAUUGAUUUUUCUUGCUCUAGAAAAAAUAGAACUGAAUAACUAGUUAGGGUUCGCUUCCGUUAUUACUCAAAGAUCGAACUUUUGGUCCAUUUUUCCCUUAAUGUGCGAGAAAUUUAGGGUUUCUGGUGCUGUUUCGAAAAGCAAAAUUCUCUGAAAGAUCUAAUAAUCCAAGUUUUGUUCACGUUUCUGAAAGAAUAACUUCUGUCAUCUUUUCUCUUGCUGCUCGGAUUUGAUCCGCUUCCGUUUUCUCUUAGGAUUUUCUUGAAAGAGAAAAUAUUUUCCUUUCGUUUCUGAGUUAUUUUGGAUACUACAUUAUCAAAAAGGAGUGAGCUUUUUUGGAGUAAAUAGAUAAGAAUUUUGAGUAGAGUGGAGUUUGUAUGGGUGGGAUAUGUGCAGAAUAGAGGGGAAAAAGAGUGAAUUGGAGGACAGAGAGGAGGGGAAGAAGAUAAUGGGUUUCAAAGCAGUGGCUUUAGGUGAUAAUCGUGUGGAGAAACUGAAAAGUUCAAUGAUGUCACGGUCUAGAAUGAAGUUAUGGAUGAUAAGGGCAACAACGUCGAUACUGUUGUGGACUUGUGUGGUUCAAUUGAUGACUUUAGGAGAGACUUGGGGUCCUAGGGUUUUGAAAGGCUGGCCUUCUUGUUUUUCACAGGAGUCUGCUGCUUCAUUUGUUGUCAAUUCGGCGCCCGAGGUCCCUGCUAGAGUUCUUCCACCUAAGAGGGUUUACAAAAAUAACGGUUACCUUAUGGUUUCAUGCAAUGGAGGGCUGAAUCAAAUGCGUUCUGCGAUAUGUGAUAUGGUUACUAUUGCAAGAUAUUUGAAUGUGACUCUCAUAGUUCCUGAGCUGGAUAAAACCUCAUUUUGGGCUGAUCCAAGUGAAUUCCAAGAUAUUUUUGAUGUUGAUCAUUUUAUAUCAUCCUUGAGAGAUGAAGUUCGAAUAUUGAGAGAGCUACCCCCAAGAUUGAAGAGGAGAGUAGAGCUAGGAAUGAUUUACACCAUGCCUCCUAUCAGUUGGUCUGAUAUUUCUUACUACCAAAAUCAGAUUCUUCCCCUAAUUCGGAAGUACAAAGUUGUUCACUUAAACAGAACCGAUGCUCGGCUUGCCAAUAAUGGUCAACCCAUGGAAAUUCAAAAACUGCGUUGUCGAGUAAAUUUUAGUGCCUUGAAAUUCACCCCUCAGAUAGAAGAGCUGGGCAGAAAGGUUGUUCGACUUCUCAGGCAAAAGGGCCCUUUUAUGGUACUGCACCUGAGAUACGAAAUGGAUAUGCUGGCCUUCUCUGGCUGUUCUCAGGGAUGUAAUAAGGAUGAGAUUGAC